GCGGGGCGGGGCGGGGCCAGGGAGGCGCGCGUCUGGGCCGCGGGGUCGCGGGGCGCGAGAGCGCGGCCGGCAGCGUCGCGCGCGCGGAACGGCCGCCCGGGUGCAGCUGCCUCCUCUCCCGGCGCCGUCGGUGUUCCCUCAGGCGACCUGCGCAGAUUAAUUUUAGAAAAUGCCGAGUAGGAAAUUUGCUGAUGGUGAAGUGGUAAGAGGUCGAUGGCCUGGGAGUUCACUUUAUUAUGAAGUAGAAAUUCUGAGCCAUGACAGCAGCUCCCAGCUUUACACUGUAAAAUACAAAGAUGGAACCGAACUUGAAUUGAAGGAGAAUGAUAUUAAGCCUUUAACUUCCUUUAGGCAAAGGAAAAGUGGCUCAACAUCCAGUUCUCCUUCCAGACGGCGAGGGAGCCGGUCGCGGUCCCGCUCCCGCUCCCCUGGUCGGCCACCGAGGGGCUCCCGCCGGUCUGCUUCUGCGUCCCACCAGGCCAACGUUAAGGAAGCAAGGAAGGAAGUGUUGGCAGUUAAAUUGACUCCACUGAUAUUGAAGCCAUUUGGAAAUAGCAUCAGCAGAUAUAAUGGGGAACCCGAGCCCAUCAAGAGGAAUGACAUGCCUCCUAAACACACGCAGGAACAGUUCCACUUGUCACAAGAAAGUAGUUAUGUACCUACACAGCAUAGCCUUCGUCCAAGACGAGAAGAGAUCAAAUUAAAAGAAUUAGAUUCUAAGGAAGAAAAACUUGUGACAAAAGUACCUGCAUCAUUGAGAACCUUUGAAGUGACCCCCUCACCGAUGAAGGACUUGGAAUUUGGAGGAGUACCUGGUGUGUUUCUCAUCAUGCUUGGCCUGCCUGUCUUCCUCUUCCUGCUGCUGUUGAUGUGCAGACAGCGAGAUCCCAGUCUUCUGAACUUCCCUCCUCACUUGCCAGCUUUGUAUGAUUUAUGGGAAACCAGAGUAUUUGGGGUCUACCUCCUCUGGUUUUUUAUUCAAGCUCUGUUCUACCUACUGCCGAUUGGGAAGGUUGUAGAAGGAAUGCCUCUUAUUGAUGGAAGAAGACUCAAGUAUAGAUUAAAUGGGUUCUAUGCCUUUAUCCUGACGUCUGCGGUCGUUGGAACAUCUCUCUUCUGGGGUGUAGAGCUUUCUUACGUGUAUAGUCAUUUUCUGCAGUUUGCACUUGCAGCCACUGUCUUUGCUGUGGUCUUGAGUGUUUAUCUCUAUGCACAUUCUUUGAAAGCACCCAGGAGUGAACUGUCGCCUGCCAGCUCUGGAAAUGCUGUCUAUGAUUUCUUCAUUGGCCGUGAAUUAAAUCCUCGAAUUGGUACUUUUGAUCUCAAAUACUUUUGUGAAUUGCGCCCCGGAUUGAUUGGAUGGGUGGUUAUCAACUUGGUGAUGCUUCUGGCUGAAAUGAAAGUACAGGGACGUACAGCUCCAUCCUUGGCCAUGAUUUUGGUUAACAGUUUCCAGCUCCUAUACGUGGUGGAUGCUCUCUGGAAUGAGGAAGCAUUGUUGACAACCAUGGACAUCAUCCACGACGGCUUUGGAUUCAUGCUGGCUUUUGGAGAUUUAGUGUGGGUUCCGUUUAUCUACAGCUUCCAAGCCUUUUACUUAGUCAAUCACCCAAAUGAAGUGUCUUGGCCAGUGGCUUCACUAAUAAUUGUUCUGAAACUUUGUGGAUACGUAAUCUUCCGAUGUGCAAAUUCUCAGAAAAAUGCAUUCCGGAAAAAUCCCAGUGAUCCAAAGCUUGCACAUCUAAAAAUCAUUCAUACUUCAACGGGAAAAAGUCUUCUGGUUUCUGGUUGGUGGGGCUUUGUUCGCCACCCCAAUUACUUGGGUGAUCUCAUCAUGGCUCUGGCAUGGUCCCUCCCGUGUGGUUUUAAUCACAUUCUGCCUUAUUUCUAUGUGAUUUAUUUCACCAUGUUGCUUGUGCACCGAGAAGCCCGUGAUGAGCGCCACUGUAAGAAGAAGUACGGCGUGGCUUGGGAAAAGUACUGUCAGCGUGUGCCCUACCGUAUCUUUCCAUACGUUUAUUGAUUCUGGUCUGGCAUAUUUUUAAAAUAUUCCUAUUGUUCUGGCUGCCAUUGCAAAAACAAGAAAAAAGUCCAAAACUAAAUUUCUUUUGUGCACUGACAGGAUGUAUAAAUUUAUUUUUCCUGAGUCAGGACUAGAGAGCCAAGUAGUAGAUUUUUUAAUAUCGCCAUGUUUAUUUUUAUUAAAUUAUAAUUAACAUAAGGAAAAAUACAAAUAAGGAUGUUAGAUUUGCAUUUUAAGAGGAAAUUUUCAGUCCUUAAAAAUCUGAAAACAGAAAACAGUCUUAUAAAUGCACUAUAAAGAAUACUAUUGAUGUAUAUGGCUUUUGAUUAUUUUUCAAAUUUUGAUUUUUUUUCUCUUGCCAGGUUUUUCUUGAAUGAAAACACUGGUACAUUUAAAAUUUAUUAGUUAUGUAAUUUUGAAAGUAAAAACUGGGCCUAUAUUAAAUGCUAUAUGUGAAGAGUGAUGAAAGAUUAUUAUCGGACACUGUUUAAGGGAGACUGUUAGUUGGCUUAACCUCACCUUCUUAAACUGCAUUUGAAAAUAUAAAUACAUAGCUUACUUUAUGUACUAUAUGGUGACUUCACAUUUUUCUGUACAGUAUUUUGAAUGUGGGAUGAUUAUCAGGACUAUCUUUUUAAUAAAAACAUUUUCAGUAUUUUAAAUUAAGUUUUGUAAAGUAAUGCAUGUGAAUUAAAAAUUUUGAAAAAAUUAGAAUUCAUUUAAUAUUAUAUAGAUGAUGCUGUUAAAACACAGGAAGGAUAUUUUUCUUAAUCCAAAGUUUGUGAAUUUGGCUUUGCUACCUCAGUUGCAGGUGUUUUUUUGCCUUUAUAAACUAUUGCAAGUAGAAAAAAAUAGAAUAAAUAUAUAUAUUUUGGAGUAACAUCAGUAUUUAAACAUUUUUACACAGAUUGGUGUUUGAAAAAAUUUGCCAUUUCAGGCUAAUAUUUUUGUAUAUUUUUGAGUUUUUAAAAAUUCAACAGUGUUUUUACUACUGUUUAGCUCAUGCAGUUUAUACUGCAUUUUUUGUGUAUCUUUUAUAUUUACAAAACUUUACUCCCUGUAAAGGAAUGCCGUCUAAAAACAACUUAAGGGCUUAAAAUCAUUUCUUUCAGUGUAAUAAAUGUGCUUUAGCCAUUAAAUUCUAGUGAAGUUGAUAUUAAUUGUCCUAUGACGGAACAGUAAGCAAAUUCAGUAAACUUUUAUGUUCAGAGUUAAAUUGUUCUCAGUACCUUAAGUGUAUGUUUAGAUUUUCAUCAUACAUUUUCUCUAUGAGCCAUUUAGAUAUGCAGUGUUCAGUCUGAACUGCAAUUUGAAGUGUAUGUGACUUAGUUUAUGUUAGUGUGAUCAUGAAGUUAGUCUGCUGUAGCAUUCUUCAUCCUAUAAUCUUCUAAACAUCGUUUAGUGAAAUUGUCAUUGUUUUAUUAGUGCUGAUGUGUGCAAGCAGUUUUUUAAUUUUGCUUUUCUCCUGGCAUCAGAAAGUGGUGUUCUAGCACAUUCUAUACUAGAUUCACCAAGGAAGCUUUGGGGGAGGAAGGAAUUCUUCCUCCCCCAUUCUUUCCCUGGCAAUGAAAGAGCCUUUCCCUGGCAAUAAGAGCCUGUUAUCAACACAAUUUCUGGAUAUCAGCUACAGUUUGUUUUUAAUUUUGUUUUUGACAUGUUUAUUUGACAAGUUUUGUAAUGAAGUUUUAAGUUAGAAAUAAAGUUGAAAAUAAAAUAUUACUUUGAUCACUUUGGAGCCUUA